AUGGGGUAUGGUGUUGACCAGCCAAAGGAGGUCCUCGGGGGUGGUUUGGUCGAACGCCAAGAAAGCGACGAAAUGACCACAAUUUCUGACCAUAGGCCAGUAGACGAUGCCGUCGUUGAUCUAGAGACGAUCUGCAUCAAGCCAGACGAGGCAGGUAUGAUUGCAUUCGACGAUGGCCCUGAGCAGGUCUACCAAUGA